UAUUGUCCGAGCAUAGCUGUCGUAACAAAUCCUAUCCGUUCAUCACUCCAAGAAUUGAAAAUUCGUCGAACGUUGAUUUCAUCAGACGGUUCAAAACUGAGGGUUGAUCAGUAAUUCAAUCCACCACCUUUCUAUUUUCCUUUGCCCGUGGCCUCCGCGUUCACAUUUUGCUUUUCUUCUUAACACCUCAUUCCGAAGUCCUCUCUUGAAAAUUUCUCCAUAGAUUCGUUGUACAUCCAACUCAACACCACCGAGUCGAGCCAUUCAACUCGUCCUGAGUUGGCGUCUCCGUUUCGUUUUUCCCCUGUUCCGGUUUUCUUUCUCAAAUCUUCACUAUUAUAUGAAAAAAUCUAGGGUUUUUUUUUUUUUUUUAAUUUGAAUUUCUCUGUUGGUUUGGAAGUUUCUUGAGAUUCCAUGGCUAGGGCUAAUAGAAACUGGGAGAGGCUGGUGCGAGCUACCUUGGAGAGAGAGCAGCUCAGAAUUGCGGAUCAAGGUCAUGAGAGGACUCCGAGUAGAAUCGCAGGUGCUGUCCCACUCCCACCCUCGCUUGGUCGCGCGUCUAACAUCGACGCCAUCCUUCAGGCUGCCGAUGAGAUUCAAUUGGAGGACCCCCAAGUUGCUAGGAUACUUUGUGAGCAGGCAUAUGGUAUGGCCCAAAAUUUGGACCCAAACAGUGAAGGCAGAGGUGUACUUCAGUUCAAGACUGGAUUGAUGUCUUUAAUUAAGCAAAAACUUGCCAAAAGGGAUGCUGGCCGAAUAGACCGUAAAUAUGAUAUUGAACAUUUUUGGGAGUUCUACCAGACCUAUAAAAGGCGGCACCGAGUGGAUGAUAUCCAAAGAGAAGAAAAAAGAUUUCGGGAAUCUGGAACCUUCUCUACUAGCUUGGGAGAUGCUUUAGGAAUGAGGAAGGUCCUUGCUACUUUGAGGGCCUUAGUUGAGGUCAUGGAGGCACUUAGUAAAGAUGCAGAUCCUGAUGGAGUUGGAAGGCUUAUUAAUGAGGAGUUGCGAAGAGUUAAAAAUGCUGAUGCAGCUAUAUCUGGUGAACUCACGCCCUACAAUAUUGUCCCCUUAGAAGCGCCGUCAUUCACAAAUGUGAUUGGAGUUUUCCCCGAAGUUAGAGGUGCAAUAUCUGCAAUCAGAUACACUGAAAAUUUUCCUAGGCUUCCUUCAGAUUUUGAGAUUUCUGGACAACGGGAUCCAGAUAUGUUUGAUCUUCUGGAGUAUGUGUUUGGUUUUCAGAAAGAUAAUGUAAGGAACCAGCGUGAGAAUGUUGUUCUUACAAUAGCAAAUGCACAAUCUCGACUUAGCAUACCUGUCCAAGCUGAUCCAAAAAUUGAUGAGAAAGCAAUCAAUGAUGUAUUCUUGAAAGUGCUGGAUAACUACAUCAAAUGGUGCAAAUACUUGCGGAUACGGCUGGCUUGGAAUAGUUUGGAAGCAAUUAAUAGGGACAGGAAGCUGUUUUUGGUUUCAUUGUACUUUCUCAUAUGGGGUGAAGCUGCAAAUGUCCGUUUUCUUCCUGAGUGUAUUUGCUAUAUAUUCCACCAUAUGGCAAAAGAUUUGGAUGCAGUAAUAGAUCAUGGAGAAGCUAAUCCUUCUCCAAGCUGCAAAACCGACAAUUCUGUGUCCUUCCUUGAGCAAAUCAUAUGUCCUAUAUAUGAUACAAUGGCAGCGGAGGCUGCUAGAAACAAUAAUGGGAAGGCUGCACAUUCAUCAUGGCGUAAUUAUGAUGAUUUCAAUGAAUACUUUUGGUCACCUGCUUGCUUUGAAUUGAGCUGGCCUAUGAGGAGGGAUUCACCAUUUCUGUUGCAGCCUAUAAAGGGGAAAAGGGGGAAAAGGACUGGUAAAAGCACCUUUGUAGAGCAUCGAACAUUCCUUCACUUGUAUCGAAGUUUCCAUCGUCUUUGGAUCUUUCUGGUUUUGAUGUUCCAGGCAUUGACAAUUAUAGCAUUCAGAAGAGGGCGCAUUAAUUUGGAUACCUUUAAGAUAUUACUUAGUAUUGGACCAACGUUUGCUAUUAUGAACUUCAUAGAGAGUUGUUUAGAUGUCCUGCUUAUGUUCGGGGCUUACACCACUGCAAGAGGCAUGGCCAUUUCCAGGCUGGUUAUACGAUUUUUUUGGUGUGGCUUGACCUCUGUAUUUGUAGCCUAUGUUUAUGUGAAGGUUUUAGAGGAAAGAAAUGAUCAGAACUCCAAUUCGUUCUAUUUUCGGAUAUAUAUACUUGUAUUGGGUGUUUACUUUGCCUUGCGUGUAAUCCUUGGCUUGUUACUGAAGUUUCCUGCAUGUCAUACCUUGUCUGAAAUGUCAGAUCAAUCAUUUUUCCAGUUUUUUAAAUGGAUUUAUCAGGAGCGAUAUUAUGUUGGGCGUGGUCUUUAUGAGAGGAUGACUGACUAUAUCAGAUAUGUCCUAUUCUGGUUGGUCAUAUUUCUUUGUAAAUUCACAUUUGCUUACUUUCUCCAGAUUAGACCACUUGUCUCACCUACGAAUACCAUUCUCAAUCUUCCAAAUUUGGUAUACUCUUGGCAUGAUUUUUUCUCAAAGAAUAAUCACAAUGCCUUGACUAUUGCUAGCCUGUGGGCUCCUGUUAUCGCUAUUUAUGUCAUGGACAUUCAUAUAUGGUACACUGUAUUGUCGGCAAUUAUUGGUGGUGUAAUGGGGGCAAGGGCUCGGUUAGGCGAGAUACGGUCAACUGAAAUGGUGCAUAAACGUUUUGAGAGCUUCCCAGAAGCCUUUGCCAAGAACCUUGUUUACCAAGAAACCAGGAGGAUGCCAUUUGACAGACAAGCACCUGAGGUUUCUCAGGAAACGAACAAGACAUAUGCAGCUCUAUUUUCUCCAUUUUGGAAUGAGAUAAUCAAGGGCUUGCGUGAAGAAGACUAUAUCAGCAACAGGGAGAAGGACUUGCUUUUAAUUCCCAGCAACAGAGGAAGUCUAAGAUUAGUUCAGUGGCCUUUGUUUCUUCUUAGCAGUAAGAUCUUACUGGCCAUUGAUCUGGCUAUUGACUGCAAAGAUACACAGGCUGAUCUUUGGAAUAGAAUAUGCAAGGAUGAAUAUAUGGAAUACGCGGUUCAGGAGUUCUACUACAGUAUUGAAAAAAUUUUACAUUCUCUGGUUGAUGGUGAAGGUAGACUCUGGGUUGAAAGAAUUUACCGUGAGAUCAAUAACAGUAUAUCAGAGGGUUCACUUGUCAUAACCUUGAAUCUGGGGAAGCUUCCUGUGGUUCUUCAAAAAUUGACUGCAUUGCUUGGGCUGCUAAGAAAUGAAAAACCUGAAGAAAAAGGUGCCGCGAAUGCUGUGUAUCAACUAUAUGAGGUUGUCACACAUGAUCUGUUAUCACCUGAUUUGAGGGAGCAGCUUGAUACAUGGAACAUUUUGGCAAGAGCAAGAAAUGAAGGUCGUCUGUUUUCUAGAAUAGAAUGGCCCAAGGAUCCAGAAAUUCGGGAGCAGGUGAAGAGACUGUAUCUUCUUCUCACUGUGAAGGAGUCUGCAGCUAACAUUCCUAAGAAUCUGGAAGCAAGGAGAAGAUUAGAGUUUUUCACUAAUUCAUUAUUUAUGGAUAUGCCUUUAGCAAGGCCAGUUUGUGAAAUGAUCCCGUUUAGUGUCUUCACCCCAUACUACAGUGAGACUGUGCUUUAUAGCUCCAAAGAUUUGCGGGAGGAAAAUGAGGAUGGAAUAUCAACUCUUUUCUAUCUUCAGAAAAUCUUUCCAGAUGAAUGGGAGAAUUAUUUAGAGCGGGUUAAUGAAGGAAAGUCUAUCGGGAAUGCUGAAGAUCAACAAAGUAAGAGUGAAUUGGAGCUUCGGUUUUGGGCAUCGUAUCGAGGGCAGACUCUAGCUAGGACUGUUCGUGGUAUGAUGUAUUAUAGAAGGGCAUUAAUGCUGCAAAGUUACCUAGAAAGUAGAUCUUUGGGAGUGGAUGAAUAUUCUCAAACUGAGUCCCUGACAACUGAAGGCUUUGAAUUGUCUCGUGAAGCUCGAGCACAAGCAGAUAUAAAGUUCACUUAUGUUGUUUCAUGUCAAAUUUAUGGUCAACAAAAGCAGAACAAAAAGGCCGAGGCUGUUGAUAUUGCUCUUUUGUUGCAGAGGAAUGAAGCCCUUCGUGUUGCUUUCAUACAUAUGGAGGAGAAUGUUGAACCUGAAGGGAAAAGGGAAUUUUAUUCAAAGCUUGUCAAAGCUGAUAUAAAUGGAAAAGAUCAGGAAGUAUAUUCAAUUAAACUUCCUGGAGAUCCAAAGCUUGGAGAAGGGAAACCUGAAAACCAGAACCAUGCUAUAAUUUUCACACGCGGGGAAGCUAUUCAAACUAUUGACAUGAAUCAGGACAACUACCUUGAGGAGGCAAUGAAAAUGAGAAAUCUUCUUGAGGAAUUUCGAGGAAAUCAUGGCAUUCGACGUCCAACCAUUCUUGGCGUUAGAGAGCAUGUUUUUACCGGAAGUGUCUCAUCUCUAGCAUGGUUCAUGUCUAAUCAGGAGACUAGCUUUGUCACUUUGGGCCAGCGUGUGUUAGCAAGUCCUCUCAAAGUUCGUAUGCAUUAUGGGCAUCCUGACGUAUUUGAUCGAAUUUUUCAUAUAACUAGAGGAGGGAUUAGUAAGGCAUCACGUGUUAUCAAUAUUAGUGAAGACAUAUAUGCAGGGUUCAACUCCACGUUGAGGCAGGGUAACAUCACCCACCAUGAAUACAUUCAGGUUGGUAAGGGAAGAGAUGUUGGAUUGAACCAGAUUGCUUUGUUUGAGGGGAAAGUUGCUGGAGGAAAUGGAGAGCAAGUCCUAAGUAGGGAUGUAUACCGACUUGGACAACUUUUUGAUUUCUUUAGAAUGCUAUCAUUCUACUUCACAACCGUUGGUUAUUAUGUCUGCACAAUGAUGACUGUCCUGACAGUUUAUAUAUUCUUAUAUGGAAGAGUUUAUCUGGCUUUCUCUGGACUUGACGAGGCAAUUGCUAGACAAGCAAGAAUAUCUGGUAAUACAGCAUUGGAUGCAGCUCUGAAUGCCCAAUUCUUGGUCCAGAUUGGAGUAUUUACUGCAGUCCCUAUGAUAAUGGGUUUUAUACUUGAAUUGGGAUUGCUGAAGGCUGUAAUCAGUUUUAUUACAAUGCAACUUCAGUUAUGUUCUGUCUUCUUCACAUUCUCCUUAGGAACUAGAACUCAUUAUUUUGGACGUACUAUCCUCCAUGGUGGUGCAAAAUAUAGAGCAACUGGUAGAGGCUUUGUAGUGCGUCAUAUCAAGUUUGCUGAAAAUUACAGGCUUUAUUCAAGAAGCCAUUUUGUUAAGGCGCUUGAAGUGGCAUUGCUUCUGAUUGUAUACAUUGCAUAUGGUUACACGGAUGGGGGUGCUGUUUCUUUUGUUUUGCUUACUCUUAGCAGCUGGUUCCUUGUCAUCUCAUGGCUGUUUGCCCCUUAUAUAUUUAAUCCAUCAGGCUUUGAAUGGCAAAAGACUGUGGCAGAUUUUGAUGAUUGGACCAGUUGGCUUCUUUACAAAGGUGGAGUUGGGGUGAAGGGAGAUGAUAGCUGGGAGUCUUGGUGGGAUGAAGAACAGAUGCAUAUCCAUACACUGAGAGGCCGCAUAUUGGAGACAAUAUUAAGCUUGAGAUUCCUAAUGUUUCAGUAUGGCAUUGUGUACAAACUCCAUCUUACAGGAAACAAUACAUCACUUGCGGUUUAUGGAUUUUCCUGGGUUGUUCUGGUUGGAUUUGUCGUGUUGUUCAAGAUAUUUACCUACAGCCCUAAGAAGUCCCAUGACUUCCAAUUGGUGAUGCGAUUUAUUCAAGGGGUUAUAUCCAUAGCCCUUGUUGCUGCCCUUUGCCUUGUUGUUGCCUUUACUAAAUUAUCAGUUGCAGACUUAUUUGCAUGCAUCCUUGGUUUAAUUGCUACUGGAUGGACCAUAUUAUGUCUGGCUGUGACAUGGAAGAAGAUAGUUAGGAGUGUGGGUUUGUGGGAUUCAGUGCGGGAAAUUGCCAGAUUGUAUGAUGCUGGAAUGGGAGCGAUCAUAUUUGCACCAGUAGCAGUAUUAUCAUGGUUUCCAUUCGUUUCAACCUUCCAGUCUCGCCUUCUCUUUAACCAAGCAUUUAGCCGUGGGCUGGAGAUUUCUCUAAUCCUCGCUGGAAACAAAGCCAAUGUCGAGAAAUGAGUGCCCGAUCUGAUCUCUCUUGAAUUAUACACGGCUUAUGUACAACCUAUAUUUAUUAUUGUCUCUUUGCUGAGGUUUGCUGCUGUAAUGUACAUAUAAUUGUAGAAAGUAUGCACAAUUUUUUUCACGAGGAAUCGUUUCACUAACUUCGGCCAUGGAAUGUCCAAAGCAUCACAAAUUUAAACUAGAACAUUCUGAUAUGGUUAAAGACGAAAACAAAUUAGAAAAGAAAUAGAAAAUGGGUUUUUAA